UUAAUCAUAAGUAGUUAUUUCUGAUUAAUUCUGCUUAAUAACAAAUGUGAUUAGCCAAUUUCAAUAUAAAAAAAGCUUAGCUGAUUAAGUUAAGCGGAAGUUGUGAAACUAGUCCUCAAUACAGGUUUGUCAUAUGCAAUGGUUCUGAUAAAAUAUUGAAAUAUAUUGCAAAUUUAUUAACAGCAAAAUUAAAUGUUUAACUGUAAAUUUUUUUAAAUAUUUUUGUCUCUGAUGUACUAUUAUGUUUGCAAGAUAUCUAAAGUAUAGAACAUUGAAAGAAUUACUGAGGCGUAAUAGUAGAUCUGUUCACAUUGCUUGAAAUCUAAAAAUGUGUUUUUACUUAAAGUGACAAAUAUACAUUCAGAAGUUAAAGAGAGAGAAAGCAAAGAUUAUAUGUGCAAAAGCAAUAUAAAGAUGCUGUUGAAUGUAAAGGCUAACUUACAAUAUAUUCUUUGCUUUUUGCUUUUUGUCUAUUUACCUUCUUCCCAUACUAUUUUAUUGACAACCAUGUUACCUAUCUUUUUUGGAGCUUGUCUUCCUUUUGAAUCUACACACGGAGUAUAUGUAGCCAGUUUUGAGUUUGUCAACUUGUAUCUUGUCAAUUUUAAUAAAACAUUCUGCAAAGAGAUAAAAAGGCAAGAAAACAUGAAAAAAAAGAAACAGGAAAAAAGAGUGCACUGUAAAUCAGCUUUCAAGGGAAAUCUUAAAAUAAAUCAACAUUUUUUUAUUUUUAGAUAUUUUUUAAUUGAUUUUAUAAAAUUACAAAGUUUUUAUACAAUUAACCGAGCAAACAAAGUUGAAAUUAUAAUGAGUAGUGUAUAUAUAUUAAAGGUACUUUCCAGCUAUGCGACACUGUGUAACACAAGGCUCCUGACCCCUUAGCCGAGAACUCUGCGUUGACUGCGCUCUGCAGUCAAAGUCUUACUACAAAUGAUUUGAAGCAUUUGAUUAAUCAAUCAAAAUAAAGAAUUUUACAUAUUGACCAAUCAAAAAUGUUUCAAAGCAUUUGCAGCAUCAUCUUGACCAUAUCCAACUACAUAGUAUUGCGAUAAAAAUUAGAAUAGACGUGAAAUGUCACAUAUUGAUGAUGAAAUUUUGUCUCACAUGUCGUUUCGUGUUGUUUCAUUAUGAAAAUGUAACUUGUCUUGCAUUUAAUAUUUCCGUAAAAAUGGAUAUGUUAAGUUUCUUUGAAGUUACUUUAUACAUAAAAGCACAUUUUUCAUUCUUCAAUAGCUAUCAGUGUGUUUCCCUGUCUGAAUAGGCUUCAUUUUACAUCCUUUUUACCCUUAUUUACUGACUAGGCAGAAAAAGGAUAGUCGACACUUAAUUUUACAAGUAUUUUAAAGUCAUCUCAUUAGUCUGUUUUAUUCAAAUUCUCCUUAUUUACAAAUGGCACAUCGAAUAAAAUUACAUAUUAUUUCACGUUUAUUAUGACGUCAUGACUUCAAUAUGGCCGCGACGAGUAGACAAGAACUUUUUAAGAUCGCGGUCGCGGUCAAAAUGACUGUUUCAGUAGUAGUUUAUAUAAACGAUUAAAUAAAGGCAAUUUAUUAUUUUUAAAUGUCCGUUUAACCAGGGCAUGUACCUGAUAAUUAUUGUUAAAAUUAUAUUAAUUUAAGCGUUAAUUUUUAAUGAGUGGUCAAGUUGACCUCUGCUGCGGUUUCAGGUAGAGAUUUUACCGCGGUUCCAGUAUUGGUUUAAGGAAAUAUUAUCUUAAUAGAACGGACAAAAGAUACAAUAAAUCUUCAACGUGGUCAAAGUAUAAAAAAUCCAUAAUCUAUUUGUUGUUUGAUGGCGACAAUGAAUUCAAUUAAAAUAUUAGUUAUACCUGUUAUAUCAAUAUUAGUUAAAUUAUAGUUACACUGAUUUUAUUUUGGUAUGUUAUAAAAGUGAUGGUACUGAUCAACUUUUUCUUAUAAAAUAAUCAGGGGUCUCGUAUAGUUUUUGAGACAUACCUACAUAAAGUUUAUUUUUGAAAUUUUAAUGAUAAAUGAAUAUAACUUUUAAAUCAUUGUUUUGCGUGGAAAGUAAAUGCUCGGGCGGGAGAGAGCUAGGCGAAGCCCUUAAAAGCUUAAAAAAUCAUACAUUAAAAACUACUGCAUUUACACGCGUGUUUCAACUUUGCGCACUUUUCGUAUGCGUAUGUGACCACGAAGCAUGUUUUUAAAUUAGACAAUUUGUGUUUGUAAAGCAAUGAAUUCAUGUUUUUAUUGACCCUGUAUUGUGUAAACUAUAGAGAUAAUUUUUACAAUCUUUAUGAUUAUAACUUUUUAACGGAUAACGAGCGAUGGCUAAAACUUUCCUAAGGUGAUUCAGGGUCAAAAUCAUUGGAAGGGGCUCCCCUAAACAAUUUUACCACUAUCCGUCAUGUACAAGGUGUCAUAACAAAAAUAAUGACGUUUUGAAAAUAAACCUUAUGUAGGUAUAGUUUGAAAACUACACGAGAUCCCCGAUUAUUUUAUAAGAAAAAGAUGAUCAGUAUUUUCACCUCUAUAACAUAUACUAAGAUCAAUGAAAUUGACGAGGUGUAACCUUUUCUGCAUAUUUAUCAAAUAUUAAUGAAACAGAGUCAAAAUAAGUAUAAAUUUGAUAAUAAAUCAGAGAUAAAAAUUACAUAAUAUUAACAGGAUUUUAAGUUAUUACCAAAAAACGAAGUGAAAAAAUUUAUAACUUACCUUGCGAGUGGUUGAAUAAGUAAAAAAAAUGUAAGAUAAAGAACUUUCAAAAAUCAGUUGUCGACCUAUCUGUUUCGAAAAAAGUCGAAUAAAUAACUGUGGCUCGUGAAAAAUAUAAAUAAUCUAUUAUUAGCUGACUGAUGCAAAGGUUGUCGAAUAUAAACAUUGCAAAUCUUUAUUUCCGCGAGCACAUUGAAUAUGUCAAAAUAUAUAUCAUCGAGCAGCAAGUAUAAUGUAUGGUCUGUCUUCGCUUCGCGUGUCUGGCGCAAGGUGCGCACAAAUGAUUUUAAGCGUUUUAUUACCUUCUCAAUAGCAUAUUCGCAUUAAUAUUUAUUAUAUUACUAUAACACACACGCUUUUGUCAUAUCGUUAAACCAUUAUAACAUGAAUUUUAUUUCUUACAUAUGUUUAAAAAAUUUACUCUCGUUUGUUGAAGAAGAUAUGUAGUCAAAACGUUCAAAAUUUAAUUUUGAUAUUAUUUGAACUACAUGCUUAUAAACAAAGAUGAUAAAGGAACUUAUAUUAUUUUUGUUCUGAUCGUUAACCUUCUCUUGAUUAUAUUUAUAAUAAAAGGAGGUCCUGUACAAAAAAUAACCAUUCCAAAAGAUCGUGAAGGCAAACAAAGAACAUAUGGAUUUAUCACGUACAAGCACAUGAAGUCUGUGGAAUAUGCUCUGCUCUUGUUUGACGGCACAAUGCUUUACAAUCGUACUCUCAAUAUGAAACCGAGGAAUAAUACAGAGUCACAACAAGCUGAACAAUUUUCAAAUCCUGUUCGCAAUAUGAAUUAUAUGCUGGAACUGGGCCAGCAAAUGAUGUUGGGAAAUUAUUCACCGCAGACUGGCAGUGGCGAUGGCGGCGGUGCCAUAUUUGGUAUAAAUAUUUUACAGGAUGGCCCGAUAUAUCCAAGGCAAUUAGAUACAAAUUCUGGCAAUGAUACUAGGAUUAGAAGUCAUCCUUAUCAGAGAAAUAGAGAUAGAAAUCAAGAUAGAGAUAGAGACAGAAAUCAAGAAAGAGGUAGAAAUCGGGAGAGAAACAGAGACAGAGAGAGGGAGAAGGAAAAGGGAAGGAGUAAAGAACGAAAUCAUAGUGAUCAUAGAGAUGAAAGAUCGUACUAUAAUCGAGAUAAUGGUUAUCGUUUUAAUGACUACUUUCGAUAUAAUGAUAAUAGAAAAAGAUGGACUUAUCAUUGAUAAUAAUUAUUUUGCAACUAAUUGCUGCUAAAAUUAGAUUUUCAGUUAAUUUUUAAAUUACAAGAAAUGUAAAUGGUUUUAAUUAUCGUUUAUUUUUUUCUUUAUACUUAUUCUAUAAUAACCAUGCACAUCAUUAUUUUGUUACCAAUGACUUAUAAUUUUUACUAUUAUAUAUGUAGUUAAGUAAGGAUUAUACAUAUUUAUAUAUUUUGUAUUAUAUAGACAAAAUUAUGUAUUAACUCAUACGACGAGAAAAAGUUAUGUAAUUACGUAAUAAGCUAAUAUCCAACAUUAAAACUAUUCAAGGUACUAAAA